AUGUGUGACGGCGCCCUGCUGCCCCCGCUCGUCCUGCCCUUGCUGCUGCUGCUGGUGUGGGGACUGGACCCGGGCACAGGUAGCGCUCCCCCUGCGGUCGCCCCUGCAGCCCCGCGCCUCUCGCGCCCCUUCCCUCUGCCCUCCCGAGGCAUCCGGGCGUCCGCCGCCUGCCGGGGAGCUCGGCGCGCCCUGCUGCUGCACCUGCCGGCCUUCGGGCGCGACCUGUACCUGCAGCUGCGCCGCGACCUGCGCUUCCUGUCCCGCGGCUUCGAGGUGGAGGAGGCAGGCGCGACCCGGCGCCGCGGACGCCCCGCGGAGCUGUGCUUCUACUCGGGCCGCGUCCUGGGCCACCCGGGCUCCCUGGUCUCGCUCAGCGCUUGCGGCGCCGCCGGCGGCCUGGUUGGCCUCAUCCAGCUAGGGCAGGAGCAGGUGCUCAUCCAGCCCCUCAACAACUCGGGGAGCCCGCUCGGUGGGCGAGAGCAUCUCAUCAGGCGCAAAUGGUCCUUGGCACCCAGCCCCACGGCCACGGCCGCCGAGGCCCAGACACCCGGGCAGCCCUGCGAGGUUCUGACAGACAAGAAGAAGCCGAGCAGGGGCAGGCCCGUGGGGGACCUGCGGGAGCGGAGGAAUGCCAUCCGGCUCACCAGCGAGCACACAGUGGAGACCCUGGUGGUGGCCGACGCCGACAUGGUGCAGUACCACGGGGCGGAGGCCGCCCAGAGGUUCAUCCUCACGGUCAUGAACAUGGUAUACAAUAUGUUUCAGCACCAGAGCCUUGGAAUAAAAGUCAACAUCCAAGUGACCAAGCUGGUCCUGCUUCGGCAACGGCCUGCCAAGUUGUCCAUCGGGCACCAUGGUGAGCGCUCCCUGGAGAGCUUCUGUCACUGGCAGAAUGAGGAAUACGGGGGUGCACGGUACCUGGGAAACAAUCAGGUUCCAGGAGGCAAGGACGAUACUCCCCCAGUGGAUGCCGCUGUGUUCGUGACCAGGACGGAUUUCUGCGUACACAAGGAUGAGCCGUGCGACACUGUGGGAAUCGCUUACCUGGGAGGCGUAUGCAGCGCGAAGCGGAAGUGUGUGCUCGCGGAAGACAACGGGCUCAACCUGGCCUUCACCAUCGCCCAUGAGCUGGGCCACAAUUUGGGGAUGAACCACGAUGAUGAUCACUCGUCCUGCGCCGGCAGGUCCCACAUCAUGUCGGGAGAGUGGGUGAAAGGCCGGAACCCCAGCGACCUCUCCUGGUCCUCCUGCAGUCGAGAUGAUCUUGAGCACUUCCUCAAGUCAAAAAUCAGCACGUGUUUGCUGGUGACAGACCCCAGGAGCCAGCAUGCAGUCCGCCUCCCUCACAAGCUUCCAGGCAUGCACUACAGUGCCAAUGAGCAAUGCCAGAUCCUGUUUGGCACCAAUGCCACCUUCUGCAAAAACAUGGAGCAUCUCAUGUGUGCCGGACUGUGGUGCCUGGUGGAAGGAGACACGUCCUGCAAGACCAAGCUGGACCCACCCCUGGAUGGCACGGAGUGUGGUGCAGACAAGUGGUGCCGCACCGGGGAGUGUGUCAGCAAGACGCCCCUUCCGGAGCACGUAGACGGAGACUGGAGCCCGUGGGGUGCCUGGAGCAUGUGCAGCCGGACCUGCGGGACUGGGGCCCGCUUCCGGCAGAGGAAAUGCGACAACCCCCCGCCGGGGCCUGGAGGCACACACUGCCCGGGGGCCAGCGUGGAGCAUGCUGUCUGCGAGAACCUGCCCUGCCCCAAGGGCCUGCCCAGCUUCCGGGACCAGCAGUGCCAGACACACGACAGGCUGAGCAGCAAGAAGAAGGGCCUGCUGACCGCAGUGGUGGUCGACGAGAAGCCGUGUGAACUGUACUGCUCGCCGCUGGGGAAGGAGUCGCCGCUGCUGGUGGCCGACAGGGUCCUGGACGGCACACCCUGUGGGCCCUAUGAGACUGACCUCUGCGUGCACGGCAGGUGCCAGAAAAUCGGCUGUGACGGCAUCAUCGGGUCUGCGGCCAAGGAAGACCGGUGCGGAGUCUGCAGCGGGGACGGCCGGACGUGCCGCGUGGUGAAGGGCGACUUCAGCCACUCCCGAGGGACGGGUUACAUCGAAGCUGCUGUCAUUCCCGCUGGAGCUCGAAGGAUCCGUGUCGUGGAGGAUAAACCUGCCCACAGUUUUCUGGCUCUCAAAGACUCCAGUAAGAGAUCCAUCAACAGCGACUGGAAGAUAGAGCUCCCUGGAGAAUUCCAGAUCGCCGGCACCACUGUCCGCUACGUCAGGAGAGGCCUGUGGGAGAAAAUUUCUGCCAAGGGACCAACCAAAAUACCCCUGCAUUUGAUGGUGUUGUUAUUUCAUGACCAAAAUUAUGGAAUUCAUUAUGAAUACACCGUUCCUGUAAAUCAUACAGCCGAAAAUCAGAGUGAGCCAGAAAAACCCCAGGACUCUCUGUUCCUCUGGACCCACAGCGGCUGGGACGGGUGCAGCGUGCAGUGCGGAGGCGGCGAACGCAGAACCAUCGUGUCCUGCACGCGGAUUGUGAACAAGACCACGACGCUGGUGAAUGACAGCGACUGCCCACAGGCCAGCCGUCCAGAGCCACAGGUCCGCAGGUGCAACUCACACCCCUGCCAGGCACGGUGGGUGGCAGGCCCCUGGAGCCCCUGCUCGGCGACCUGCGAGAAGGGCGCCCAGCACCGGGAGGUGACCUGCGUGUACCAGCUGCAGAACGGCACCCACGUCACCACGCGGCCCCUCUACUGCCAGGGGCCCCGGCCAGCGCCCGUGCAGAGCUGCGAAGGUCAGGACUGCCUGUCCAUCUGGGAGGCAUCCGAGUGGUCACAGUGUUCUGCCAACUGUGGGAAAGGGGAGCAGAAGCGGAAGGUGACCUGCACCAACUCCCAGGGGAAAUGCGACGCGUCCACGCGCCCGCGGGCCGAGCAAGAGUGCCAGGACUACUCCGGCUGCUACGAGUGGAGAACGGGGGACUGGUCCAAGUGCUCGUCCACCUGUGGGAAGGGACUACAGUCCCGCGUGGUCCAGUGCAUGCACAAGGUCACCGGGCGCCAUGGAAACGAGUGCCCGGCCCUGGCCAAGCCCGCCGCCUACAGACAGUGCCACCAGGAGGUCUGCAACGACAAGAUCAACGUGAACACCAUCACCUCCCCUCGCCUUGCCGCCCUGACCUACAAGUGCACACGGGACCAGUGGACAGUGUACUGCCGGGUCAUCCGAGAAAAGAACCUCUGCCAGGACAUGCGGUGGUACCAGCGCUGCUGCCAGACGUGCAGGGAUUUCUACGCCAGUAAGAUGCGCCAGCCGCCGCCGCCGAGCUCGUGA